UUGAGUGAGAUGAAUUCUGGCAUUUUGUGAAACUCAAUUCUGAUUGGUCACAAAUCCUGUGAUGUCGGGGCUCAACCCAUUCCAUCUUGGCUGAGAGAAGUGUUUGGAGAUUUCUAAGUCUUUUUUUUCUGUAGCUUUCCCCAGCUCUGCAUUCCAACUAAAAGCUUCUCUGUAGCUGUUCCCUUUCGCCCACCAUGAGUUGUCCCUUGGUAAGCUUGCUCCUUGUUGGACUGCUUCACCACACCACGAUGGCAGUCCGAAUGGACAAACUAGCAGAUCGCAAGACGUGCGGAGAUGCAGAAUGUUCAUAUGUUCUUUCAAUGGCCACAGCUGUGGAUGACUUCAUUGCUCCUGACUGCAGAUUCAUCAACAUUAAAAAGGGUCAGAUGGUUUAUGUGUAUUCUAAACUCAUACCACCAGAUGGCGCUGGAGUAUUCUGGUAUGGAAGUGUGUACAGUGAGCGGUAUGUGGACCAGAUGGGUAGAACGGGAUAUUUCCCUGCAACUGUGGUGAAAGAGACCAGGACGUUUACAGACAACACAGUUCGGAAGCAGACCACUGAUAUGGACUUCUAUUGUGAUUAGUGGACAAGAGACUGAAUAUUUUUUAGUUUCCCUUUCAUUAUCCUGUUUUUUUUAUAAAGAGCAUUCAUCUCUGUCAAAUUUAUACAUCAUGUAUAAAAAUAAUUUGAUGUAUUGCGUUUAGGAAGACAAUUUCAGAUUCUUCUCUCUUUGUAACACUUCUUUCUACCUUUGCUGUUUACAUAAAAUUUUAAGUUCAAGUGAUUUUUUUAAAUAAGAAAAAAUAUAUGUAACUUCAAAUGAAAAACAAUAAAGGAACAGAUUUCUUUUCUGUGAUGGGAAUUGGGUAAUUUUCUAUUUCUGUCAGAGUGUAGAUAUAUUAUAAAAUUCAAAAUGCCAUAAUUAGCAUUAGCCAUAAUUAGUAGUCUUCAUGCUGAAUAAAUCAGAUUCUUUUCUUUUACUUGAGAUGUGUGUUGAUAAAUAUACAACCUUGCUAUGUAUCCACAUGUGAAUGUUAAAGUUUAUAGUUAUCCAGUACAAAGAUGUCAUGACUGUUGUGGACAACAAAGGAAAUGCCCCAAAUCCUAGCACAGACAAUCAGAGAGACACAAAUGUUAACUCAAAAAUUAAACCUAAUAAUAAGCGUAUAGACAUUUGUUCCAAAAGUUAUUUUGUUACAUAGGAGAACUACACACAGGCAACAACUGGAGCAAAAUGGCAAAGAAAACUAAAGACUGGCAGAUGGGAGAUUCAGAAAACAGAAAAUAAAGUAAUAAUAUUAAUUUAUUCAUCACAUUGUUAAUCCAUAUCCAACAUUACUUCAGUUUGUUGACAAGAAUUCAAUGGUUUGUUAGAAGUCAUUAAUGACUAAGCAGCAUCCAUCACCUGAAAGGGAGAAAGAGGAUACCACAACUACUACCAUGACAAAUCUACCAAGACAUGACAAUCUACCUAAAUGAACAGGCUGUGGAAAGAGCAUUAAUCAGAGAAGCAGUCAAGAGUCCCAUGAUGAGUCUUGAGGGGCUGCAGAGAUCCAAACAAGAGGUAUAAUCAGGGAACAGAACAUCUGCUGCUUCUCCGCUCUACAUAUAUAGUCUAAGAUUGGUAAGAAGAAAAUCAGUUUUAAGCCAAAAUCAUAAAUUGUGAUUAUGUCAUAAAAUGUUGGUGACAUGACAAACCUAUGAAAGAAGGCGCUCUGAGUCUGAACCUUUUGGGCUACAAGCAACUGAAAUUCAUCUUGGAAAUUAUGUUCAAAGAAGUUGUCCUUUUAGUCUGAUUGAAACUGAGCUAUUUUGCAAAUAAGAUUUUGUGAAAACGUUUGAUUUAUGGAUGUGCAAAGCUCACAAAGAUAUACCCAAAAGAGAGACCAACUGCUAUAAUAGCAGUGUAAGAUGGUGCAACAAAGCAUUGACUUAAUGUGAUGAAAUACAUAUUUACGUCACAUUUUUAAAAUAUAUUUGUUUAAAGAAAAGAAACAAAAACUAGUAGAAUUUGCCUUCCAAUGCUCCCAUUUGUGUUUUUGAAUAAAGUAUAGCCAGAAUUAAUUAAAUUGAAGCAUCUGUUUUUACAGUGUUGAAAUGUAUAAAAGUUCAGAGAGGAAGGAAUAUCUUCAGAAGGCACUGUAACACAAACUGUAUACUAGAAAUAAAACAGCCUCCCUGCAGAAA